AUGUCACUCAAUCUUUCCUGGCCAGCCGCGACCAUGCGCGCAGUCGUUUACCAUGGCACGCCUUUCGAAAUGAUGGUUCAAGAUGUCGCCAAGCCCGCCAUCCUGAACGAGACGGAUGUCGUAGUGCGGGUGACCACCGCGGCUGUAUGCGGAUCCGACUUGCACAUCUACCACGGCUACAUGGGCGGUGCGGUGCCAUGGACGAUGGGCCACGAGGCCGUCGGCUACAUCUCGGAAUUGGCGACGCCAGGCUGCGCAGCUGAAUACGCGAGGGUCCCCUUCGCUGAAGCCAACCUGAUCCCUAUCCCGUUGACUCAUGAAACCGCCAACUCGACGAUCGAGCGCGACUACCUGACCGUUUCGGACAUCUUCGCUACGGGAUGGGCCGGCAUCGACUACACCGGAUUCGAACCCGGCGAUUCUGUCGCCGUUUUCGGGGCGGGUCCCGUUGGGCUGCUUGCUGCCUACUCGGCCAUUCUGCGUGGAGCGUCCAAGGUCUACGUCGUCGACCAUGUGAAGGAGCGCCUCGAUCUCGCCGCUUCCAUCGGCGCCAUCCCGAUCAACUUUGCUGACGAAGACCCCGUCGCCCAGAUUCUGGCUCGCGAGCCGGACGGGGUCAUGCGUACUGUAGACUGUGUCGGCAUGGAGGCGUUGAACUCGAGCCUUGAGAUGGACGAGAGCAUUAUCACACAACAGAUGAUUGAGGUGGCGCAUUUCAAAGGAGGCAUGGGUCAACUGGGCGUGUAUAGUUCACAGGACGAUUCGCCUGGCGCGCCGUACGGCAGCGACAUCUCGCCCACGAUUCCCUUCCCCAUCUCGUCCUUCUUUGCCAAGGGCUUGAGUUUCCGAACAGGAGCCGUUGAUCCGAAGCAGUACGCUCCGCAGUUGAUUGACCUCAUCAACAGCGGCAAAGCCCACCCAAGCUUUGUGAUCAGUGCAGUCAUCGGCAUCGAGGACGCGCCAGAGUACUACAAACGAUUCAAUGAGAAGAAGGAGACCAAGGUGGCCAUCCGCUUUCCGGAGUAG